GCAGCAGGUUUGGAGUAACGAGGACAAGGGAAGCAACUGCUGAGUGCUCGACACGUGUCAACACAACAACCGGCAGAUUGGAAUGUUAUUAUCUCAGAACCAUAGGAUGAAUUAAGAGCAACACUAUUAAGUAGUAAUUGUGAGAGAGAACACUAGUAAAAGCACAUCACUUUACAACCACCGAUCGAUUUAAGUGUGAGUUAAAGAUAGUUAUAGAGAGAGAGAAUUGGAGGGCCUGUAUAUGUAAACAAGACUUGAAUUAGCGUGUGUUUUUUUAUGCUGAGCAGAGUGGGGGAGAGAGAGAGAGACGUUUGCUGCUUUUUUGGCCAUGGCGGCGUUUGCAGAGAGUUGUAAGUCUACCUCUUUAAUGCUCCCAUACAUAAGCCACAAAAUAAAAGCCUAAAAAGCAAAAUCAAAGGACUUAUAGCUCCCCCACUUCUUUACUCUUCGAAUUAUCUCUAUCUCCAAAAGUCUUCCUUACCUUUGUCUGCCCAAGAAAAUUUAACAAAAAAGCUGCAACUUUUAUCUAUAGCUACCAAAUGCCUUCUUAGCUUCCUCUCACUGUUGCUGUCACGCGCUUAUAUAGUACAGACAAGAACUGUAAUUCUUUUAAUUUUUUUUGUUUUUUGUUUUGGAGAGGGGAAAAAAAAAAAAACUUUGUAUUAUUCUUUUCGUUUAUUGUACUCAAAAAUUAAGAAAAAGUGGAAGGGGAGGUACAACCCAUAUCAUUCUUGGGUCAUAAUCAAAGCCGGUGUUGGUGAUCUGCUAUGGAUUGUCAGUCACAAUUGAAUUUUGGAAAAGUCUUAAAGAAGGCAACAAAAUGGCUGGGUUCUUUUCACUAGGUGGAGGGGGAGCAAGUAGCAGCCAAGACCAGGCGGCUCACCAAGAGAGCGCUAAUAAUCCUCCCAAUGAAAUUAGUCCAGAAAAUAAUUGGUUCUUGUACAGAAAUGAUCCUCAAGAGUUGCCCACCACAUACAGAGGGUUCGAGCUAUGGCAAACUAGUAAUAAUUCCCAGCAACCCCAAAUUCGACACCCAAUUAAUCCGCUUCAAGAUCUUUAUCCAACCGCGGCGGUUGGAUUAGGUGUCGGGCCGAGCCGUAGCAGCUUUACUGUUACGGCGCGGCCCGAUCAUCAUGACCCUUCCUCAGGAGGAUCGGGUUUGGUCAUGAUGAGGAGUAGUGGGGGAGGGGGAAUUAGUUGCCAGGAUUGUGGUAACCAAGCGAAGAAAGAUUGUCCACACAUGAGAUGUAGGACUUGUUGUAAGAGCCGAGGCUUUCAGUGCCAAACACAUGUGAGAAGCACUUGGGUUCCAGCCGCUAAAAGGAGAGAAAGGCAACAACAACUAUCUACUUUACAGCAGCAACAACAACAAGACCAACAAACGCUGCAGCUGCACAGAGAUAACCCCAAAAGGCAAAGAGAGGAUCCAAGUGCUUCCUCUCUUGUUUGCACUCGUAUUUUACCUUCCAGUACUUCUGGGUUAGAAGUGGGGAAUUUUCCAGCAAAAGUAAGUUCAGAUGCCGUAUUUCAUUGCGUUCGAAUGAGCUCCAUUGACGAUGCUGAGGAUCAAUUCGCUUAUCAAACAGCUGUGAACAUUGGUGGACACGUAUUUAAGGGAAUUCUAUACGAUCACGGUCCUGAGAAUCAGUACAUGGCUGCUGGUGAAAGCUCGUCCGGUGGUGGAAGUGCUAGUCACCAACAUAACCUUAUUGGUGCUGCAGGCACCGCCACGUCAGCUGCUACGAGUGGUGGCGGUGCUGCUGCAGCACCCGAAGGUUCGCCUUAUCUUGAUCCUUCUUUAUAUCCAGCUCCUCUCAACACUUUCAUGGCUGGUACGCAAUUCUUUCCACCUCCAAGAUCUUAGAGAUGAAAUAUUCUUCUACACCUAAAAAUUGACAUUUGACUUUUACUCUGUAAUGGGAUAUAGUUAUGUUAGUAGUAGCCGUUAAGGUUGAAAUUUCUAGGGGGACAAAAUAGGAGCAUAUGAAAGAAAAGAGGGAAUUGAGAGGAUGAUGAUUUGUUUCAGUUCUAAUUUCAAGCAUAAUUGAAUUAUUUCCAAUAAUUCUCUUUGGAAUGUCUUAUAAAGUCUCUCUCUUUGAGCUGAAAUGUUUGGCUUUCUUCUUUUAUUUUUGUAUCAAUUUCAAAUGACAUGUUUUCAAGUGUCUUCUGAAGUGAAUUCAAAAUGGGGUCUGAAAUAAGUUGUGUUUGAUUUUUAUAGCCAAAUUCCUGGCUGAAGGUUGAAUAUAGCACCUUUUUCUUCUCCGUAA